UGUGAGCCAAAGUAAAACUUUCCUUCCUUAAGUUGCUAUUGAUGGGUAUUUUUGUCAUAGCAAAGAGAAAAAUGACAAUUGUAGGAGUUUACAUUGUUAUGAGAUUGCCCAUGUGAUUAUUUAUCUAAACUGGGGCCUCUUAGUUAUAGGAAAGGAUAGCAGAAGAGAUGACACUGGGGCACUGGAUGUAAAUCAAGACAUCUUGUCAACCCAGCUCUAUGCCAUUGAAUUCAACUAUUUUCUGAAAUUUCAGGGUUUUUGUAUCUUGAGGUUGGUAGGUGUUGUUUAGUUACUUUUGGUCUUAUGCCACUGAAUCCUGAACAGUUAAGUAGGAUGUGGGAACAACUUUUUUAAAAAAAAAUCUCUCUUUAAAAAAAAAAAAAACCACUCACAUUUUCUUUCUUUUAAAACUGGACACCCUCUUCAUUACUUAGAACUUGUGAUGGUUGAUGUUCACUGUCUUUAGUGAUCCUGACCUGGGACUGAUCUGAUUUGAGGCGUUGUACCAAGAUGCUACCUUGGGCAUGAGAAGAAAAUUGCAUCCUCAUUUUGGUUAUGGGUGCCACACAUACUCACUUACCACCAGAAGGAAAUCAAAGUUAGGAAAGUUCUUGUCUAUCAAAAGAAACCUAAGACAGAUGAAGACUGAUGUCCCCUUGCCCCAAGAGUUCUUCCAGUGAUAACAAGUACAUAGCCAACUUUCAAGAUUUUGUUGCCUGUGGCUAGGGAGAUGGCUGAGUUGGUAAAGUGCUUGCUUAUCACCUGCUCUUGAGGACCUGAGCUUGAGCUCCAACAUUAUAUGAAAAUACAGACAGGGCUAUGUGGGCCUGGAAUCCCAUUAUUGAAGGAAGUGGGGACAGGGGGUCCAUGGAGCUUGUUGUCCAGCUAAUCUACCUGAAUUGGCAAGUUCCAGGUUCAGUGAAAGAUAAUGUCUCAGAAAAUAGGGUGGAGGGGCUGGGGAGAUGGACCUGUUAGAGAAGUGCUUGAAGACCCAAGUUUGGAUCCCUAGCAUCCUUGUAAAACCCUGCCACAGCUGUGUGUACCUGUAAUCUCAAUGCUGUGGGGGGACAGUGAGUUCCCAGUUCAGAGAGACCUUAUCUCACAAAAUAAGGUGGAAACUAUCAAUAAAGAUAAUCUACAUUCCAACCAUACCCUUCCACACACAUACAGGGUAUGAAAGGGAACCUCUUCCUCUCACCUCCACCCCUCCACACACACAAGGUGUGAGCCACCAGAAUGCAAGAGCAGAAUCCUAUUCAUGAACCUCAUUUUACAAAGAAGUUCUUAGAAGGCUGGGCCAAAGGGGUUCUGAAUUUCUAACAAUAGUCCCAUCAAAUGCAUCUCCCAGAUUGUCUAAAUUGUCUAAAUUUGUUGGAGAGGCCAGCCAUUCUUGAUGCCUCCUCCCACGUGUUAAAAGAUCAAAGUGCCGAAUAAGGAAACCGGGGAGUGAGCCCACCUCCCUUUUUCUCAGGCUGCCGGGAAGAUGGCGGACACUCAGAUGGAACAUGCUUACCAAAAGCAGCCCACAAUCUUUCAAAACAAGAAGCAUGUCCUGCUUGGAGAAACCGGCAAGGAAAAACUCCCUCGGUACUAUAAAAACAUCGGUCUAGGCUUCAAGACGCCCAAGGAGGCCAUCCAGGGCACCUACAUAGACAAGAAAUACCCUUUCACUGGUAAUGUCUCCAUCCGAAGUCGGAUCCUGUCUGGUGUCGUGACCAAGGUGAAGAUGCAGAGGACCAUUGUCAUCUGCAGGGACUACCUCCAUUACAUCCAGAAGUACAAUCACUUUGAGAAGCGCCACAAGAACAUGUCUGUGCACCUGUUCCCCUGUUUCAGGGAUGUACAGAUCGGCGACAUCGUCACUGUGGGAGAGUGCAGGCCCCUGAGCAAGACAGUCUGCUUCAAUGUGCUCAAGGUCACCAAGGCUGCUGGCACCAAGAAGCAGUUAAAGAAGUUCUAAGGGGACUCAGAACAACUCCCCAGAACAAAUAAAGUGGUUUUCUAGCUCACAAAAAAAAAAAAAAAAAAAAAAAAAA